CUCUCUCAUCAUGCAUCAUAUCUCAUCCUUCUUUCUUUCUAUCUCUCUCUCUCUCUCUCUCUUUUGCCAAGUACUUAGAUCAUAUCAUGGGGGAGUCUUCAGCUUCAUACAUCCGCACGGUGCAACACUUGAUAGAGAAGUGCCUUAUCUUCAACAUGACCAAAGAGGAGUGCAUGGAUGCUCUCUCUAAACAUGCAAACAUAAAGCCUGUUAUCACUUCCACUGUUUGGAAGGAGUUGGAGAAGGAGAACAAAGAGUUCUUUGAAACAUACGCACGUGAGAGAGAGGAGAGAAUAACAGAGAUGGAAACCAUGCAGAGGAUCCAGAAGAUGCUAGAAGAAACAGCAGCAAGAGACGCCGACAACGAGGGAUGAUGAGCUCGUCAGAUCUCCACCGUCCGUUUUGAUCAUCAUCGUCUAAAAGCAGUCUCAGUAGUCAGGACAACGGGCGGAUGUAUAUAACUAAUAAUAAUAAUAAUAAUAGUGUAUAUAUAUAUAUGUACAGGUGGCAGCAUGGGGAGGGGUGGUGAUGGAGUGAUGACGUGUAAAUAUUUAUAGUGAUUUUACACGUGGAGGGAUCUGGGGUGACACCAUUGCAUUGAGAUUGGGACUUGUUUGUGGUGAGAGAGACAUAAACGGUUGGUGAAGGAUGUCUGGUUAUGGGAAUGGGACUUCCAUCGUUGUUGCAUAUUUGAUUGAGAGAUGGAAUGCAUUGAAUAAGUUACUAUGUUAGUCGGCGUGGGACGCCAUCCUAUUUCUCGCACGUGAGACGUGCCCACCUUUGAGUACUCUUUUUAGAUAUUUGUCCAAUUCGUCUUGUUAAUUUUUUCUUAAUUGACAUAUUUGUGAAUUAA